CGCACGUUGCGCACAAAAAACGCACCAAAACAUCAAACAAAAAUAAUUUAAAAAUGCUGUACUAGAAUAUUUGGUUCUGCUUCGUCGAAUGGAAUUUUGUCGUUUUCCUGGUGCUUUACUGUUCUUUUUUUUCAAACAUGUCCAAAAAACAAAAGACUUCGAUUAGCUGCAGCGUCUCAAUGUCGGCGAACGCCAUUCGGACGCACACCGACUCGGUGGAAUCGAACUACCGCUGGUUGGAGUUCGAUACCAAUUCGACACCUAAGCCGCCGAUUGAUCCGGACACUUGGCUGGAGAUCGGGCCGCGGUUGCAAUCGAUGGAACAGCAAACCAUGUUCUGCGACGAAAGCCUUUUGCGGGAAGUGUUUCGGCUGCGUUCAUCGCUCGACGACCAGGACCAGGCAAAGGUGCGCUGGGCCCGCAACAAAUCCAACCCGUACGACGUCAAUGCCGGCCAGUUCAUGACCCGAGGAGCGGUCAAGAUGGCAAAUAUCGAUGCGGUUUUCGGGUGGCAACUGUGCCAGAAGCCUGAAUCUUCUGGAGAUGAUUUGAUGUAUUUUGUGGAUGUUUUCGGUGGUCCGGGCGGAUGCAGCGAGUACGUUCUGUGGCGGAACGAUAGCUGGAAUGCGAAAGGUUUCGGCUUUAGCACAAAGGGUGACUACGAGUUUCAUCCGGAAAUGUUCCGCAUGGGAGCCGCGGAAAGUUUCGAUCCGUUCUACGGGGCGAACGACGAUGGGAACAUCUUCGAUCCGGAGAACAUUGCGACUUUCGUGGACUACGUGAAGACGCAAACGGAGAAACUGGGAGCGCACCUGAUCGUAUGCGACGGAGGGUUCUACGUGAAGAACAACUGCCAGGAGAUCAUCUCGAAGCAACUGUACCUGUGCUUGGUACUGCUGGCAGUUGCGGUGAUCCGCCCGGGUGGGAAUGCCAUACUGAAGAUAUUCGAUAUGUACACCGCCUUCAGCGUUGGAUUGGUGUACAUACUGACGAAAUCCUAUGGGAAGGUGUCCAUUGUGAAGCCGGUCUCUAGUCGUCCGGCUAAUUCUGAGAGAUAUCUCGUUUGCCAGAAUCGAUUGAAUGAUGAAACAUUAUUUGCUAGCUACCUGGUAUCGAUCAAUCAGGUCUUGUGGGAGAACAAGCACUGCGAUCAUGACAUCAUCCAUAUGGUGUCCCCAAAGACAAUGCAGGAGGACACGGAUUUUUUCAACUUCAUCUGCAACUCGAACAAUGACCUGGUGCGGCGACAAAUCGAUGGGUUGAAAUCGUUGAUUGACAUGGUUCGCGGUGGCGUCGCUCGUCAACCGGAGAAAAUCGACCGUCAAAUUGUGCAGGAUACUUUGUGGCGCCAGUGGAAGCUGGACCACAAAACACGUCUUUCGCCAACGGAUGGGUUUGCUAAAAGCGCCCCAAUCUAUGCACUCGAAUGUGUUGAAAAGGCCGCGCUCGAAAUGUUUGUCAUGUCCGAUAUAACGCUGAGCAGCAAACUAUCGCUGAAGAAAUUGUUCGGCGUUGCCAACCAUUGGAGCUUCCUGCCGGUGGAUGUCACGACAAAUCAGGCUAAAAGCAUUCGCACCGUUUUUCUCAGCAAAGGUAACGGCAACGUAUUUUUCUACGAUCGGGAGAAAGUAAGCUGGACGCAAGUCAAAGAUUACCAGAUGGUGCUGUCCCCGCGGACAGUACUGUACGGGGAGAUUGUGGAGGAAAUUUCUGCAAAGAACGGAAAACAGAAAAUCGUCCACGCCUUACACAUCAUCGACGCCAUCCUGCUGGGAGGCCAAGACAUCCGUACUCUACCGCUGCACCAACGGAACACCAUAUGCACCAAAUUUGCCAAAGCCAUGAAUCGCCCGCUGGGGCACCUGAAUGCCUCCGCUGUUCGUCCAAUCCCGGUGCGCUGCAAGACGCUGCUGUCGAUGACCGAACUGGACGACUUCUUCAACAACGUUUCGAUCCACGAGCUGGUCAACGGAGUCAAAGUGCUUGGCAGUGAUCUGGAGCGAUUCGACGCGCUCGAAACGAAACGGUUCUACAUUCCGCGUGGGUUGCUGUUCGUGCGGAGCGUGCAAGCGGGUGCGAAGGGCGCCGAAAAGUUGCUGGAUUUUGGAAAAAGUUUCUCCAGCCGAAUCCUAUGGGCCUGGAGCAAGACCAGUCAGAUCUACUCGUCGGCACAGCGGUUCGAAGUGGUCAAGGAGCCGAACCUGGUCUACCGGCAGGAUUUUGACGAAUUUCUAGAGAAAUGCGUCACUAAGAAGUAAGGCACCACCGAAGAAGAGUAGUUUCGAAAGGAAACUAUUACGUAUUUGAUGAAUUUCGAGUUUCGAUUUGUAUUAUCAUACUGUUUAAUACAUGUUAUUAAUGUUCUGCUAAAUACUUGACUUGGAAUAAAAGUAACAAAGUUGUUACGUAACACGAACAUAUAGGAAUAAUA